AUGUCAAAGCUGAGACUUGUGCGCCGGCCGCUCGCCCGUGCUCAGUCGUCUGUAGCAUCUUCCGUGUCCAACUAUCCGUCCUAUGUGCUCAAUGCGCCUGCUACUGAAGUGACGACGUUGCCGAGCGGACUGCGUGUGGCUUCCGAGGGCUCACACGGUGAGACGGCUACCGUGGGCGUAUGGAUCGGCGCUGGCUCCCGCUACGAGACAGCUCAGAACAAUGGUGCCGCCCACUUUUUAGAACAUAUGGCCUUUAAGGGGACAAGCAAGCGCACGCAGCAGCAGCUAGAACUCGAGAUAGAGAAUAUGGGGGGUCAUUUGAACGCUUACACGAGUCGCGAGCAGACUGUAUAUUACGCUAAAGUCUUCAAGAAGGACGUGCCUUGUGCCAUGGACAUUCUUAGCGACAUUCUUCAAAAUUCUAAGCUUGAUGAGGCUGCAAUUGAGCGUGAACGCGAUGUCAUUUUGCGCGAGAUGGAGGAAGUUAACAAGCAGCAGGAAGAGGUCGUUUUUGACCGCUUGCAUGAAACGGCCUUCAUGGGCAACGGCCUUGGCCGCACAAUUCUUGGUCCGAUUGAGAACAUCCGCAAUCUCAAAAAGUCAGAUUUGCUGGACUACAUUGCUACGCACUAUACGGCUCCACGUAUGGUCAUUGCCGGUGCAGGGGCCGUGGAUCACUCUCAGCUAGUGGAUCUAGCUCAAAAGUCGUUUGGUGAUCUCCCUACGACGCCAGCCGUGGCCCCUACGCUUAAACCCGUACGCUUCGUGGGAUCGGAUGUACGAGUGAAAGAUGACAGCUUGCCGCUAGCUCACGUUGCCAUCGCUUUUGAAGGCUUCGGCUGGACCAGUGAGCAUUCAUUUCCGCUUCUUAUCAUGCAGACACUGCUUGGCAGCUGGGACCGCACCUCUGGUGCAGGCAUGAAUAUGUCUUCUAAGCUGGGCCAAGUAGUUGCUGAGAAGGAGCUUGCCCACUCUUACAUGUCCUUUAACACAUGCUACCAGGACACGGGUCUUUUUGGUGUUUACGCUGUUGCCGAUAAGUACAAGUUGAAUGACUUGACGUGGUACACUAUGGAGGCGCUUGUUCGCCUUGUUCACAAGACUUCUGACGAGGAAGUUGAGCGUGCUAAAAUACAGCUCAAGGCCAACAUGUUAAUGCAGCUCGACGGCUCAUCGCCUAUCUGCGAGGACAUCGGCCGUCAAAUGCUAACUUAUGGCCGCCGUAUGACACCUGCCGAGAUAUUUGCUCGCAUUGACGCUGUGGAUGCGGGCGCAGUUCGUAUGACAGCUGAUGAGGUUAUCAAUGACAAGGAGCACGCUCUCGCCGCAACUGGUCCCAUUCAUGAGCUGCCGGACUACAACUUCAUUCGCCGUCGCUCAUACUGGUUACGAUACUAG